AACUGCUCUCGCGGCAGUUCAGACCUCGUGCUCGUCCCCCUCGCUUGUCUGUGUGUGGUAUCCGCAGGUCCGGGGCACUUUUUUUUGGUGUGUGUGUGUGCGCGUGUGUGUGUGUGUGCGCGCGCGCGCGCGUUUGGGGGGAUUGUCGGGGAGCGGAGAGGAGAGCCGGGCCGAGGGGAAGGAAGGAAGCCGCAGAGCUCCCCGGUCUCGGGCUGCGUCUCCCCUCCAGCGCUCUCCUGCUUGCGCGCUCGGAGGCGGCGGCGGCGCCAAGCGCUCCUCGCUGGGGACCCGGCCCUCGAGCUGGGAGCAGCGAGGACCCUUUUGCGGCGGUUUCCUGUGCCUGCUGGAGUUAGGAUGCCAGGGCGGUUGAUUCCCACCUCCUGAGCGCGGAGUUUCCUCCCCGGCCCUGGGAAGGGCUCGCAGCGGCGGCGGCGGCGGCGGCGACAGAAGCAGACUGAACGGCAGGCUCUCCUCUCCAAGGGGGGGCGUCGAAGCGCCCGCGCCGGGCUCCCGCCCUCACCCUCCGGCGCUCCUGCGGCCCAAGCCGCCACCUCGGUGCUUGCCUUCUUCCUCUUUUCGCGGAGAGCUGCCCCUGGGAUCGGACCUGAACGCCCUGGAUGCUCGGACUGCCCCGGCGCGCCCCCCUCCCGGCGCGACGCGCUGAGUGAUCCGGAGGGCGCCCGCGCUUGCCCCAGGAGGGGCCCCGGACCUCGGGACCCCGCGCCGGACCCUCCGGGGUGACGACGAUGUCCGCGCAGUCUCCGGCUCUGACGCGCUCCAGGCAGCGGGGGGAAGGCGGCCGGCUUCAGUCAGCCGAACCCUAGGUGCACAAAGCCCAAGCCCACCGCCCGGCCUCGGCGCCCGCCGACGACUUUGCCGCCUGCUUCUCGGCUCUUUGUCUCCGCUUGGGGCGGGCGCCCGACUCUGGGAUUUCGCUGCGAGAGCGGGCUGGGGGGGCCGGGGGCGAGCUCUCGGUUUCCCGGCCGCCCCCCGCUCGGUCUUGGCUCCCCCCUCCCCCGCACCUCCCCGACCCGAGCUCUCCGCGUUUCUACGCUCUCAGAAUCACGACCCCUCCCUGCCAUGUAUCCGCAAGGCAGACAUCCGGCUCCCCAUCAACCUGGGCAGCCGGGAUUUAAAUUCACGGUGGCUGAGUCUUGUGACAGGAUCAAAGACGAAUUCCAGUUCCUGCAAGCUCAAUACCACAGCCUCAAAGUGGAGUACGACAAGCUGGCGAACGAGAAGACGGAGAUGCAGCGCCAUUAUGUGAUGUACUAUGAGAUGUCCUAUGGCUUGAACAUUGAAAUGCACAAGCAGACAGAGAUUGCGAAGAGACUCAACACAAUUUUAGCACAGAUCAUGCCUUUCCUGUCACAAGAGCACCAGCAGCAGGUGGCGCAGGCUGUGGAACGAGCCAAGCAGGUCACCAUGACAGAGCUGAACGCCAUCAUCGGGGUACGUGGACUCCCCAAUCUGCCUCUCACCCAACAACAGCUCCAGGCGCAGCACCUCUCCCAUGCCACACAUGGCCCCCCGGUCCAGCUGCCACCCCACCCGUCAGGCCUUCAGCCUCCAGGGAUCCCCCCAGUGACGGGGAGCAGCUCGGGGCUGCUGGCGCUCGGUGCCCUGGGCAGCCAGGCCCACCUUUCGGUAAAGGAUGAGAAGAAUCACCAUGAACUGGACCACAGAGGGUCCUUGGAAAAGGUACCCAGUUGGCGCUCAAGUCAAGAUGUGUUAGUGGAGUGGACUCCCUUUAAGCGGAGGCAGUGGUCACGCUCCUGCAGGGAGAUGAUUGGAAAGACUGCGAAGAGAGAAUCCAGCGCGAAUAACUCAGUGUCGCCCUCGGAAAGCCUGCGGGCCAGUGAGAAGCACCGGGGCUCCGCAGACUACAGCAUGGAAGCCAAGAAGCGGAAAGCGGAGGAGAAGGACAGCUUGAGCCGAUACGACAGUGAUGGGGACAAGAGUGACGAUCUGGUGGUGGACGUUUCCAAUGAGGACCCAGCGACACCCCGGGUCAGCCCAGCACACUCCCCUCCCGAGAACGGGCUGGACAAGGCCCGUGGCCUGAAGAAGGACGCCCCCACCAGCCCUGCCUCGGUGGCCUCCUCCAGCAGCACGCCCUCCUCCAAGACCAAAGACCUUGGUCAUAAUGAUAAAUCCUCCACUCCUGGGCUCAAGUCCAACACUCCAACCCCAAGGAACGAUGCCCCAACUCCGGGCACCAGCACGACCCCGGGGCUCCGGUCGAUGCCAGGCAAACCUCCAGGCAUGGACCCGAUAGGUAUAAUGGCCUCUGCCUUGCGCACACCCAUCUCCAUCACCAGCUCCUAUGCUGCGCCCUUUGCCAUGAUGAGCCACCACGAGAUGAACGGCUCCCUCACCAGCCCCAGCGCCUAUGCCGGCCUGCACAACAUCCCACCCCAGAUGAGCGCGGCUGCCGCUGCCGCUGCUGCCGCCUAUGGCCGAUCGCCAAUGGUGAGCUUUGGAGCUGUUGGCUUUGACCCUCACCCUCCCAUGCGGGCCACGGGCCUGCCCUCAAGCCUUGCCUCUAUUCCUGGUGGAAAACCAGCGUACUCUUUCCACGUGAGUGCUGAUGGGCAGAUGCAGCCCGUGCCCUUCCCCCACGACGCCCUGGCAGGCCCCAACAUCCCCAGGCACGCCCGGCAGAUCAACACACUCAGCCACGGGGAGGUGGUGUGCGCUGUGACCAUCAGCAACCCCACGCGGCACGUUUACACCGGUGGCAAAGGCUGCGUGAAGAUCUGGGACAUCAGCCAGCCAGGCAGCAAGAGCCCCAUCUCCCAGCUGGACUGUCUGAACAGGGACAACUAUAUCCGCUCCUGCAAGCUGCUCCCUGAUGGACGGACGCUCAUCGUGGGCGGCGAGGCCAGCACGCUCACCAUCUGGGACUUGGCCUCACCCACGCCCCGCAUCAAGGCUGAGCUGACGUCCUCGGCUCCUGCCUGCUAUGCCCUGGCCAUCAGCCCCGAUGCCAAAGUCUGCUUCUCCUGCUGUAGUGAUGGCAACAUUGCCGUGUGGGACCUGCACAACCAGACCCUGGUCAGGCAGUUCCAGGGCCACACGGACGGGGCCAGUUGCAUAGACAUCUCCCACGAUGGCACAAAGCUAUGGACUGGGGGCCUGGACAACACCGUGCGCUCCUGGGACCUGAGGGAGGGACGGCAGCUGCAGCAGCACGACUUCACCUCCCAGAUCUUCUCACUGGGUUACUGCCCCACUGGGGAGUGGCUGGCCGUGGGCAUGGAGAGCAGCAACGUGGAGGUGCUGCACCACACCAAGCCUGACAAGUACCAGCUGCAUCUGCAUGAGAGCUGCGUGCUCUCCCUCAAGUUCGCCUACUGUGGCAAGUGGUUUGUGAGCACUGGGAAAGAUAACCUUCUCAAUGCCUGGAGGACGCCGUAUGGAGCCAGCAUAUUCCAGUCUAAGGAAUCCUCGUCUGUCUUGAGUUGUGACAUUUCGGCGGAUGACAAAUAUAUUGUAACAGGCUCUGGUGAUAAGAAGGCCACGGUUUAUGAGGUCAUCUACUAAAGCAAGGAUGCUAACAGGGCUGUCAAACUCUGGGAGAAACAGACUCGGCUGUGCCAGGGAGACCCCGGCGAGGGGCCCCAAGGAUGCGGAGGGAUGGGCGGCGAGCGUCCGGUCGUCCCAGCGCGGCGCUUCGGCGGGCGGAGAGGGCGCACGCUCAUCACGGUUGGGACUCCCCUGCACGGAUUGAGGUGUCUCACGGACUCCGAUGGAUUUCUCUUCUCCUCCCUUAACAAUCCUGGCAGAUGCUACAAAUAGAUUUAUUUGGAGGCUCAUGGCUCCUUCAUGAGUCUCUCUUUCCUUCCCCUUUCUUUUGAUCUGUCCCCUUGCCCAGGCUUGGGGACACUGGAGUGGGGACCACACGUUUGUGCCGGGGAGGGGGGGGUGGGGCUCGUGUUCCCAACUGUGCAGCGCACACGAUUUGUGAAAAGUGUAAAUAACAGACUUCUAUCUCAGGCUGGUCAGCGGGGGAGGAGCCCCUUCCCACCGACCACACCAGCCGUGUA